GUGACAGUCAAAGAUGUUCAGAGAGAUCUUACUGGAUUACACUUCACAUGAAAUAUGGCAUUUGCAGCAACUAAAGAAAACAACACUGGAAUUACCUUAAGUGACAUCAGUAUUCAAGAGCCAUACUUGAGGAAUAGAAGAUAUUCUGCAUCUUUCCCAUUUAUCAAGCCAGAGUUGAGUGAUCAGCCAAAGCAGAAAGUUGUUCAAAUUCUUAAAGACCUUGGGUUGGUCUGUUACCAGGUGUUUAAAAUACCAGCCAUCAGAAGUACUGAGCAAAAAGAAGACUUCUCUCUUGAUGAGUCAAAGUGCAUCAUCAGAGAACUGGCUGCUGAACUGGACAGAGUCGUACAGUCCAAGAUACUCUUGAUGACUGAAAAGAUUAAAAGUAAAGGGACUAAUGAUGAAGAACAAAAGGAACAGGAAUAUUAUAUUUUCCAGUGGGCUGAAGAUGUUGAGAACAUGCAGAUCAAACAAUUGGACAACAAAAAGGAACAACAGCCCUUCUCUGAGCAUUUGACAAACAGCGAAAAAAGAUUUAAAAAAGCUAAAACAAUCCUUUCUGAUUGGUCAUGGACACUGAAAAAUAUGCAACAGAACUCAGUAUGUCCAAAGGGUGAAUGUGAAGAAAUCCUGAAGGAUCUUCACAGACAGUGGAAGCAGGGAGAGUCCAGCAUCCUUCCAGUUAUGGACUGGAUGAUUUGGACGGUACUACAGUCAGAACGCUCUCAGGAUUCAGUUGCCAGACAGUGGAUCAGGAGUAAACAGAGGUCCAGAAACACAGCUGGAUUAUGUAUUCCUAAACCAGUUUGGAAUUGGAUUACAACAUCAACAGAUGUUGUUGUUCUAGAUCCUAACACAGCCAACCCAGAACUCCUGGUCUCUGACGAUGGAAAAUAUUUGAAGUCUAAAAAAUAUACCGGUCUCGAUAACUGGGAAGGAUUUCAAAGGAAGAAAUGUAGGUUUGAUGGCUGGGCGUGUGUUCAAGCUAAAGAGGGUUACAGCACAGGUCGUCAUUACUGGGAGGUGGGUGUAAAAAAGAAACAUGAGUGGCGAGUGGGAGUCGUGAAGGAAUCUGCUCCUCGUAAUGGAUAUGUCAACAUGAACACAAAAGCAGGAUACUGGAAUCUGCGUCUGCAGCUGGGAACUGUGAUGGCUUUGACUGAACCCGUUACUAAACUCAACGUGCAGUCUCCGUCCAAGAUUGGAGUUUAUCUAGAUAUAGAAGAAGGCCACGUCUCCUUUUAUGAUGCAGAAAAACAAAGACAUAUCUACACAUUUAACACAGACUUUAAUGAGACUGAAAACAUUUACCCAAUGUUUGGCACUGUCGAGACAGACAGGGCAUUGGUCAUUUUAUCAUAA